CACCAGCUGAUGUAGAUGUCAGCUGGAGCUAGGCUGUGCUGAAUGGUGCCUGGAGAAGAGGAGCAUUGCGAAUAAAACAUAAUCAGUGCACCGAGAGGAGGAGGGUGGAUGAUAAAUAAGCCAGACUAUCUGUAUAGUGAGCCUACUCACAGCCAGUCAUGUUAAAUUGCCUCCGUUUUGGUCUCAACCAUCAACAAAGGCUUCAAACUGAAUUGUCCCCUACUUUCCACUUUUAAAGGAAAAGCAGAAAUUUUAGCGAGUCACAGUGUGGGUUUGUCAUUUCGCCUGGGCAUUCUUGAAGACGCAGUGUUUUAUCCUGAUGGAGAGGCUUGAAAGAAAGGACGACUGAUUCCCUGUAAUCAGAGGCAACAGCAUUGCCCAUGUUGCAAGCAGGUUUUGUUUGAGUCAAUUUACAAGUCGAAUUGAACACAGUCGGAGCACAACACAGGACUAUGUAAGGGAGCUGUUUGACAUUAACCACUCUCAGGCUGCCUGAUUCAUGCCAGAUGUCUCCUAUAAUCAGUGUCACCGAGGAAGUCACUGAGAAGGAGACCGGAAUUGAAUGCAGUAUUCCAUAAGUGCCCUAACCAAUUUGUUGCGUACAUAUGAAGAUACCAGGAGUGGUGUGAUGGCCAGCUGGAGGUCAUGCCGCAAUGUUACCGCUGGCAGUAUGGCUCAGUGUCUGUCGGGCUGAGCUGUACCAAGAGGCAGAGGGCCAGAGCAACACCAGAGGAUGUCGCUGCUAAUAUUCGACGUCAGCUACAACGCAUCCAACAUGGCAGCCUCCUUCCUCAGCUUGACACCUGAAGCCAACCAAAACAAUGUAACAGACAGGAUGGCUUUGCAGAUGAUAACCAUGCUGACAAAUGUCACCAACACUACUGGCAUUCCACUGCCUGACAUGGAAACUGCGAAGUCAAGUAUGGGGAUGGUGCUCGUACCUGUUGGAAUUAUCACCAUUAUAGCAUUAGCUGUUGCUAUGGUUCUAUACAUCAGGAAAAGGAAAAGAUUGGAAAAGCUACGUCACCAGCUAAUGCCAAUGUACAGCUUUGAUCCUGGCGAGGAACAGGAUGACCUAGAGCAGGAGCUACUUGAUCACGGCCGUGACACAGCUUCCCAGGGAUCACAGAGCAAGAUUCUGAUGCCAAGUCAAGGAUCCUUGCAGAGGCCCAGCAGACUUGUGUUCACCGACGUGGCGAAUGCUAUUAAAGCCUGAACAUCAUCGAAUUCUGCUUCAAGCGCCAACAGAGAGGGUCAAUCCAUGCAUGGUCAUGUGAUCUACUUCCAGUCAUUUAUAGAUAUAUCGUCCUCUGGAUGGCUUGCUCCCCCAUUCCCCCAAAUCUCGAAGAUGUUGGUCACUUUGGGUAACUUCCAUAUAUGCAUUUCAAGAGAAAUUUCAGUCAAAGCAGGCAGUAAGAGGACAAAUGGAAAAUGUCGAGUUGAUUUAGGGUUUACAAUGACAGGGAGUGGAGCAAUGGAUUAUUGAUUUCAUUUACUGAUGUGAAUCCUGUUUGUUACCUCCUGCAGUACUGGGCUAAAGUUUAGGGGCGUGCACUCGGUGAAAUGGAGCCCUGAACCCACCUGCAACCUUCCCCUCCCCCGCCCACCAACCCUGAAAAUUGCAAGAAAGGUUUCUACUCCCAUUCUGUCUGGGCGGGGAAAUUCCCCUGACCACCGCCAUGAGGACACCACUACUUGGAAAGAAUUCCUCAGUCCAGGCCCAUUUAGAAAGCAAACAGCAUGUUCCGUGACAUAUACUUGGACCACAUUGGUCACAUGGUAGAGGACUAGGCUGGGCCUAAGCCACUAAUAACAUUUAAUUAUUAAUAUUUCACUGGGUGAUGGAGAGAUGCAGGUUCUGUAACCUCUACUGAAAUACUGACGGCUACCUCCUCUCCCUUCCAUUUUAUUCCCCUGCUUAUUCUUUCGCAAGAUGUGAGUGUCACAGGCAAAGCGGGCAUUUUUUGCCCUUCCUGGUUUCCCAUGAACUGAUUGGCUUGCUGAGCCAUUUCAGAGGCCAGUUAAGAGUCAACCACGUUGCUGUGCGUCUGGAGGCACAUAUAGGCCAGAAGAUUUCAGACAGCAGAUUUAUUCCUCCCCACCACCCCCCCAAACCCAACAUACGCAGACACACACACAUUAAUGAACAAGCUGGGAUUUUACAAACAAUCAACAAAUGUCGUGGUCAAUUUGACAUUUAGUAAAUGAGUUCAAGUCCCACUUAGCGCCAUUGGGAGAUUUGAACCCUUGACCGUGGAAGGUUGGAGUGGCUCUCUGGAUCACUGGUUCUAAUGACAUUACCACAAUGCCAGUAUCUCCUCCACCCUCUUCUCUACCCCUUAAUUUGCUCAUUCCUGCAUAUCUCAUCUCCAUCAACACCCCACCGGCUGCUGUCAGCACUCCACUCAUAGCUUGACGUUCCCACCAAGGCUCUGGACUCAAAAUCAUGGGUUGCCUGGAGGGAUAGGGAGAUGGGUUUGCGGGCAGGGAAGGGUGAUGUGGGUGUCCUACUGCUUCCAGGUCGACGUCAAAACCAAAACUGACCUUCUUGUUGUCAUGUUCACUUGACUCUUUGCUGCCAUUUUGGAUUUAUUGUUCAAUUUCACUGUUAUACAUGAAGGGCAACCCCCUGUUGGGAAAUUGAGAGCACAAAAUGGUGGCUCUGUCACCUUGGAGUCAAGAGGUUUCAAUUUGCUCUCCAGGACUUCAGCACAAGAUCUAGGUCAACCAAGGGAAUGCUGCACUGUCAAAGGUGCCAUUUUUUGGAUGAGACAUUAAAUCCAGGACCUGUCUGCCCUCUUAGGACAUGAAAGAUUCAAAGAAGAGCAGGGGGGUUCUCCCUGCCAUUUAGCAUCACUUUGGCAGACCUUCUGGUUAAUAAUAUAUUGUGGGAUUUGCUCUCUGCAAAUUGGCGGCUAUGUUUCCGAUGUUGCUGCAUUUCAAAAGAACUCGGUUGACUCAAAAGCACCUUGGAAUGUUCUAAGGUCGCGAUAGGUGAAUGUGGAGGUUUAUUCUGCUAUAUAAUACCUAUCCUGUGCUCUGUGUUCAGUUACUGGGCUAAAUAUCUGGAUAUCUUCCCAACAUGAUGGAAACUUUAUUGAAAUAAAUGCAAAGCAAUGCAGAAGUGUCUUGAGAUGUUCAAACACUAACCAAGGUACAUGCCAAAUAAUUCCGCAAUUCUCUGCCCAUCCGGGUCACUUCAUAGCUCUCGUUACUAGUGUUGCAAUGCAAAUGAAGUUAUUCCAGUCCAAACUAUUUGCGGGUUUAAUUCUUUCCACUGAAUUAUGAUUAUGGCCUACAGAUUUGUUGUACUUGCUGUCUUUGCCACUGAUCUACCAACCUUCCUGGCCCAUCCAAUGCUGUCUCCCAAGUACAUGAGCUCCAUCUCCUCCCACUGAAAGAAACUGGCUGGAAGGUGAAGGCACUAUAGUCUUACCAGACCAUUGGGUUGUUGUCUCAUUAGUGAGAGAUAACUGGGGCUUACCAUGUCUCAGAUGAGGGGAAGAGGUUGAGAAGGAGAGUCCUUCAUGGAAACCUCAAAUGAUUCAGUCAGAUGUCACAUGACACCAGGUUAUAGUCUAACAGGUUUAUUUGAUAUCACUAGCCUGUUGUACUUUAACCUGGUGUCGUGUGACUUUUGACUUUGUUCACCCUAGUCCAACACCAGCACCUCCACAUCAUCAGCUGAUUCAAGAAUUGAAUCACACUGUUAGUGUCACUCAGCAGCCAUCCAGCUAAUUGAGCUAACCAGACCCUGGGAAAUUGAGCGAAAGGUACGACCAUAUAUAAACCGUGGGAAACAUUUGAAGAAAGAACACAAAGCAUUCAAGAAAAAUACAUUCCACUGAAAACCAAAGACUCAGCAAGAAGGAUCUAUGUGUGGCUUACUCAGGAAGGAAAGGAUAGGGUUAGAUUAACAGAGACGUUUAUAAGAUUACAAAGAAUAAUAGCAAGCCUGGGGAUUGGGAGUGUCUUAGCAACCAGCAAAGGGCCAUUGAAAGGUUGAUUAAAAAGGAAAAAGUUAGAAUAGGUGAGUAAGGUGCCAGGAACAUAAAAACAGCAAAACAUAUCAUAAAAACUGAAAGAACUGUGGAUGCUAUUAAAUCCAUUAUAACCUUUAAGUUUUUUUGAUUCAAUAAGCUGCCGCAGAAAAUGCUAAUAGAACAGAACAGGGGCUUGUGGAGUUGAAAGUAAUAUAUUGCAAUGGAAGAAGGAUUGGUGAGUGAACAGGAAAUGGAGAAGGCAUAAAUGGACCAUUUUCAAGAUGCCAGGCCGUUACUCGUGGAGAGGCUCUAUGGUCAGUGUUGGGGCUUCAGCUAUUGAUAUUCUAUUUGAUGACUUCGACAAAGAGUCAGACAGUAAAUUAUCUACUUUUGCUGGUAAUGCAAAGCUUAGUUGAAAUUGUAAUUGUAAAGAGGUUACAGAAAGGCUGUGAAGAAAUAUAGACAGGUUAGAUGAGUGGUCAAUAAGAUGGAAUUGAAUAUGGAGGAAGUGUCAAGUUAUUCACUCUGGUGUUCAGGAAAGAGAAACAAGACAUCUUUUAAAUCUUGUAAAGCUUGUAAACGUUGAUGUUCAGAGAGAUUUUAGUGUUUUUGUACAAGGAAUUCAGAAGAUUAGCAUGCAGGCUACCACAAAUAACUAGGAAGGCCAUGGACACAUUAUCCUUUAGUGCAAGGGAACUAGGAUCCAGGAGUAAGGAAGUUUUGUUACUGGAAAUUUCACAAGGAAUUGCUGAGCUGAUGCCUGGAUUACUGUGUACAGUUUUGGUCCCCACAUUUAAGUAAGGAUAUACUUAAGUAAAAGGUAGUACAAUGAAGGUUAACUAGACCGAUCUAUGGGAAGAGAGGAUUGAAUCUAUGUUGAGAGACUGAGUGAAUUGGGCCUGUAUUCGCUGGGAUUUUACAAAACAGGAAAUGAUCUCAUUGAAACACAGGAUCUGGAAGGGUUUUGAAAGGAUAGAUACUGAGAAGUUUUUUCCUCUGCCUAGGGAGUCUAGAAAACGGGACACAGUAAAAGGAUAAGUCAUGAUUAUUUAGAACGGAGAUGGGGAGAGAUUACUCAAAGGGUCAAGAAGCUUUUGGAUGAAUAUAUUCAAGGUUGAGCUAGACAGCUAUUUGGUCUAUCAGGGAAUUGAGGAGUCUGAUGGGAAAAGUGGGAAAGUAAAGAUGAGGUCGGAGAUCAACAAUGAUUGUAUUGAAUAGUGGCAUCUUUGAAGGGCUAGAUGGUCUCCUUACACUUCUAUCUCCUGUGUUCUUAUUCUCUUAUCUUAUGGCUGGUGAUCACUGCAAUCAUCCGAUCGUAAUUGACUCCUCAGCUGCCUAUUAUAAAACCAGAGGCCCAAUACCAGGGAAGUGUUGAGAUUCAUCAUUCAGGCAUUAGGGUUGAUUCCUAUUUAAAGAAAGGACACACCAUAGUUCUACCACUUCUCCACACACAAUCUCCUUUAUCAGGAGUAAGUCAGUAUAAAUAUUAAGAUGUUUGGCAAAUCAGUCAGUUGGAUAUGAUGAUCAGAAUCUUAGUCUUAGUCAGACCAAAUGCAAUGGCUGUUGAUGGAAUGAAUUUGCAGCUGUAUUAAACUACCAAGAAAAGACUUUCUGAAACUAAUGUUGAUUCUUGUGCUUCGUAUUUAUUAUCUUCCCCACAUUCCUUUCUGA